AUAAAAUGUCCUGAAAAUCAUGGAGAUGAUGAAGGUGGUGGUGGUGGAAGUUGUGAUGGUGGCGGUAGUAUUAAUAGUAAUAAUGAUGUUAAUGGUAUUGGAUACGGUAAUAAUACACAUCAAUGCAAUAUGAAUAGAAAUUAUAAAUUAUUUGGUGGAAAUACAAAUAAUAGUUGUAAUGGAAGCAAAACAACAUCAGCAUUUUCAAAUUUUUUUGAUCCUACAUCAUUUUUUGUUAAUACAACACAACAACAUCCAACAUCAUCAUCAACAACACAACAUACAUCGUCAUCAUCACAUUCUCCUGUUCCACCACCAACAGUGUCUUUAUUCAAUUUAAUAUUUUAUGUGAUGUGCAUUAGUUCAGUUGGUUUCUCCUUAUAUGCAAAUAUACGUCAAACACAUUAUGAAGAUAGGCUACGACAUUUACGACAUCUAGAUGAUAGAAUAACAAUAUUGGAAACAAAAAUUGAUAAUUUUCUACCAUUUUUAAAAUAUCGUCGAAAUUCUAAAUCAACAUCUUCAUCAUCAUCUGGUGGUGGAUUAGUAUCAUCAUCAUCAUCUUCAACAUCUUCAUUAAAAAAUAAAAAUAUAUUUGAAAAUGGUAUUGUUGAUGUUGUUAAUGAUGAAAAUAAUAGUAUACAACAAUCAUCAUCUGUAACAGAUGAUAAUGAUGAUCCAUUAGCUGAUUUUACAAAUGUAGCAAAUGUUGUUAGAAAAUUAUCAGUUGAAGUUCAAGGUAUACAACGUUUAAGAAGGGAUGUAUCACAUUUACAGUUAACAAGACGUCAACAAAGACAAACAGCUGUACAAUCUUCACAAGAAUGCAUGUGCCCACCAGGUAAUAAUUUUAAAUAAAUAAUUUCUGAAAAUCAAUCACGCUUAGACUCUUUGUCCUGAGGUAAGUACUGCAAUAAUAAUAUUAAUUAUAUAAACCCUAGUAAAUAUUUAAAUUUCAAGAAUAGCAUCCAUCCAUUUUAAUUGUAUUGCAACCAUUCUGAAAGUAAAAAUCUGCAAUUGCUGCAGGUUAAGAGUGAGCAAAAAUGAAAGUGGCGAAAGU